GCCAGGUGGGGGCGGUAGUGCUCUGAGAUGCUGCCAUCAACCGUCGUUCGAAAACAAAACAAAACAGAAGACUAGAAGACGAAGAAGAAGAGCGUCUGCAAACGUGUAUGGCUACGCGGAGUAGAAGUGUGUUAAAGGUGAUGUCGCCCUGCCGGCAGGAGUGAAGUUACAAAGUUCAGCCUGCAUACCAAAAAGCAGCGCGACAACUCGCAGUGUCUGAUCGACAUCAUGGCUCAAUAUAGUCGUGUUUCUGGGGCCAUCGGCUUGAUUACUCUCCAAAAUCCGCCUGUCAACGCGCUCAGUGCAGCGGUGAGGCAGGGCAUCGUUGACACGGUGAAGAGAGCACUCAGUGACCCAAAGGUGAAUUCAGUGGUUAUCUGUGGCCAGAAUGGAAUAUUCUGUGGGGGGGCGGACAUCAAAGAGUUUGGGAAGAACAUGUCCGGUCCUCCGCUGGUACCGAUGAUCCAUGCCAUUGAGGCUGCAAACAAACCGGUGGUGGCAGCCAUAGAGGGGAGCGCUUUAGGCGGAGGCCUUGAGUUGGCACUUGGCUGUCAUUAUCGAAUCGCACACUCCAAAGCCAGACUGGGACUUCCGGAGGUGAGUCUGGGUCUGCUGCCAGCUGCAGGGGGAACCCAGCGUCUGCCAAGGCUCAUCGGGGUCCCAGCUGCCUUAGAGCUCAUCACCACAGGCCGCCAUGUCACUGCUGCCGAGGCACUGCAACUUGGAGUAGUGGAUAUGGUUACUGAUCACAGCACUGUGGAUGCAGCUAUAAAGUUUGCCCUGAAUGUUGCAGGAAAACCACUGGAUGGCCGUCGUAUAAGCACCUAUCCGUGUCCACGGCAAUCUGAUUUGGAUUCUCUGUUUGAGGAGGUGAUGCAGAAAGUGCGAAAAAGUGCCCGAGGAGCCAUAGCACCAGUUGCGUGCGUCCAGGCAGUCCGGGCAGCUGCCACCCAGCCCUACCUUCAGGGCAUGGAGCGAGAGAAAGAGCUGAUGGCCACUCUCUUCACCUCAGGCCAGGCCCGCGCCCUGCAGUACUGUUUCUUUGCUCAGAGAGCCGUCGGCAGGUGGAGCAUGCCCAGUGGAGCCCGCUGGGACACAAGCAAGGCUAGGCCUGUACAUAAAGCAGCUGUCAUCGGUCUUGGCACCAUGGGGAGAGGCAUAACAGUGGCCCUGGCUCAAACGGGGUUGUCUGUGGUGGCCGUGGAGACCCAAGAGAAGCAGUUUAUGGAGGCAAAGCAGGCAGUGUCAGGCAUGUUGGAGCGAGGGGCUAAGAGACGUGGCGUGGCCCCCGCACUUGAUAAGAUCAGUUACAGCCGUGACAUCCAGGCUGUAGCAGACGUUGACCUGGUCAUUGAAGCUGUGUUUGAGGACAUGGCUCUGAAGAAGACAGUCUUUCAGCAGCUGUCUGCUGUCUGUAAACCAGGCACUUUCCUGUGCACCAACACGUCUGGGCUAGAUGUGGACCACCUGGCCUCACAAACCCGCAACCCGGAAUUGGUGGUCGGGAUGCACUUCUUUGCCCCAGCCCAUGUCAUGAAGCUGUUAGAGGUGGUGUAUGGACCACAGUCCUCUCCUCAAGCUGUGGCCACUGCCAUGCAACUUGGAAAGAAAAUGGGCAAAGUCAGUGUGGCUGUUGGAAACUGCCAGGGCUUUGUGGGGAACCGCAUGCUGAAGCCAUACCUUGAGCAAGCCCUCUUCCUGUUAGAAGAGGGAGCCACGCCUGAGUUGGUAGAUCGAGCACUGGAGGAGUUUGGGUUUCCCAUGGGUGUGUUCAGAAUGUCAGACCUCUCUGGGCUCGACGUGGGCUGGAGGGUCAGGAAGGGGGAUGGGCUGGUGGAGCCUGGAUCAGGGCAGCCAGCUAGAAUCCGAAAAGGCCGCCGGUACAGCCCCCUGGGAGACCUGCUCUGUGAGCAGGGACGGUUUGGUCAGAAAACAGGCCGGGGAUGGUACCAGUACGACAAACCUGGCAGUCGGGUAGCCAAGUCUGAUCCUUGGCUUCACAACUUUCUGGAGGAGUACCGGGCCCGGCACGGCCUGGUAGCACACCGCAUAGACCACCAGGAGGUGCUGGAGCGCUGCCUCUAUGCCCUGAUCAACGAGGGAUUCCGCAUCCUGGAGGAUGGAAUAGCUGCAGGACCUGAAGACAUAGAUAUCAUCUAUGUCUUUGGCUACGGCUGGCCCAGGCACCGCGGAGGCCCCAUGUUCUACGCCGGCAUGGUGGGGCUGGCGAAGGUCCUGGAGAGGCUGGAGCACUACCACCACGCUCACCCUGAUGUACCCUACCUGCAGCCCUGCAGCCUGCUCAGGAGGCUGGUGGCCAGUGGCAGCCCACCUGUCCACAGUUGGAGGGAAGUCAUCAAGAAACUCCACAGCCAGCUUUAAACACUACAUUUCAGCUUUAACAUCUUAGUACGCUUGGAUAAAGAUGAUCUCACAUUGUGAUAAACACUAUGGACUGCACUUACAUUCUUUCUACGUAAUACUAAUAACGCAGAUUGAUUUCUUAUAUAUUAUGGUUACGAGUGAUAUUAUAGGAGGCACCUGUGCUUUCUGUGAUUAAAAAUCUUAAUAUCUCUGACUGGCCAGUAACCUUGUGAGUCUACACUGAGUUACCAGUAUAUUCGGUUCACCUGUUCAAUCUAACGUACAACCUAAAACCUACCAAAAUCCUAUCUUUGUGAAGCUUAUAGAGUUUCUGUUGACGCUGUAUCAGAGAUGUCUUUUCAACUUGCAAUAAAUUGAUUGUAUUAUUGUUCCUAAUAUUUUGUCUACCUCAUGUAUGGAAACAGGGGUGGACAAAAGACUAUAAACAGUUUUCCAUUCACUGCAACUGCUGCAAAAGUUAUACUAGAGCUGAAUGGAACACCUCUCCAACAGUGUCAACAGAACUGAACAGAAGUUGUAUGAUUGGAGGUAUUGGGGGGCUGGUGUAUUAAUAAACUGGUAAUUCACUGUAUAGUGGAAUUUGAAAAAAAUUACUGAGAUACAAUGAUGUAAAUAACUUAUUUAACUCUGAUCUUUAAUGACAGAUUUCUAUUAGGAUCUCAAUCUGCAUUUAAAUUAAAAAAAAAAUGUUUGGUUAUGAAUUAAUCAUGUAUAAUACAUUUGGGUACACUUUUUACUGUAUGUACAAUAUGUAAUAUUACGAAUCACUUCUGCAUCUAUCAUCUGAUGCCUCAAUAAAGAAA